AAUCAAGAACGCACUCUGCUGCCCCAACUGAAGGGCUAUAAGAAGAGUCCCGAGCCGACGAGUAGCCACCAUCAUCCGGUCUGAAUCCUCCUGUGCUACAGGUCUCCUCCGAACUGCAACCAUGAAAUUCCUCAUCGCCGCCCUCGUUGUCAUCGCCCUGGCUCAAGGGAGCCUUGCGCAGGAAGCUCUCGACAUGGACGCGAUCACCCAGAAAUUCGAGGAGAUCAAGAACCAAGUCACCUUGGAGAUGAACAAGCUGAUCAACACCCAGGACCUCGGCAGCCAGGCUCAGACCUUCUUGGAAGAGCAGAAGAAACAGUUUGAACCCCUGCUGACCAAGGUCCUGGAUGAGAUCAAAGCCGCCGCUGCCAAUGCGCAGGAGCAGAUCGAGCCCAUGACCACCAGCCUUCAGGCCCAGAUGCAGCCCAUGCUGCAGAAGGCCCAGGAGCAGAUUGAGGCCUUCGUGAAGGACCUUACGGAAAAGACAAAGGCCCUGACCAACUAAAGACAAAAAGGAAACCCACAGCCAAUCUUCUUCCAUCAUGGACUGACUUCCUUUUCGAACGUCAAGUGUUUCUGUACCUUUGUGACAUGGGGGAUUUCAUCCCCAAAUCCAAAGUGAAAUAAAAAUCUUGAAACACAA